GCACACCAGCACCAGAAGCCCAGGACCUUGCUGCAAUCCAGGACUCUCCUGUGGGACCAGGGCUGUCACUCUCCCAGUUGGCAGCCUCCCCACAGUCUCCGGCUCCUCCUCGCAGCUCUUCCAAGCCCCCUCCUGGGUCCCUGGACAGCCCUCAGUCCCCGCAGGGUCCCCAGCUCCAGGCACAGGAAUCCGUGUUAGAGGGUGGGAUCUCUCACCUGGAAGCUGACCUGAGCCAGACGACCUCGACCUCGGUUCUGGGAACACCUGCUGUGGACCACCUACAGGAACUUCCCUUCACUCCCUUGCAUGCCCCCAUUGUUGUGGGAGCCCAGACCAGGAGCUCCAGGAGCCAGCUCUCGAGGGCUGCAAUGGCUCUCCUUCAGUCAUCUGGCUUCCCCGAGAUUCUUGAUGCCAACCAGCAGCCGGUGGAGGCCGUCAACCCCAUAGACCCUGUGAGGUUCAACCCUCAGAAGGAGGAGUCGGACGGUCUUCGAGGGAAUGAGAUAGUGUUGCAGUUUCUUGCCUUCAGCAGAGCGGCCCAGGACUGCCCCGGAGCACCAUGGCCACAGACUGUGUAUUUCACCUUCCAGUUUUACCGUUUCCCACCUGAGACCACACCACGCCUGCAGCUGGUCAAACUGGAUGGGACAGGCAAGAGCAGCUCAGGCUCCCUGUCCCAUGUCCUCGUCCCCAUUGAUAAAGACGGCUCCUUUGAUCCUGGCUCUCCCGGCUUCCAGCUGAGGUACAUGGUGGAUCCCGGGUUCCUGAAGCCAGGCGAGCAGUGCUGGUUCAUCCACUAUCUGGCUGCUCAGACGCUGCAAGUCGACGUCUGGGACGGAGACUCUUUGCUCCUCAUUGGGUCUGCUGGCGUCCAGAUGAAGCACCUCCUCCGCCAAGGGCGGCCAGCCGUUCAGGUCUCACAUGAACUGGAGGUGGUGGCCACCGAGUAUGAACAGGAAACAGUGGCCAUGAGUGGUGACAUGGCUGGCUUCGGCAGCGUCAAGCCCAUUGGCGUUCACACGGUGGUGAAGGGCCGUCUGCACCUGACCUUGGCCAAUGUGGGUCACGAGUGUGAGCCCAGAGCAAGAGGUUCCAGUUCACUGCCACCAUCCAGGUCUCGGGUCAUCUCAAAUGGAGCCAGCUUCUUCUCUGGGGGAAGCCUCCUCAUACCAGGGGGCUCCAGACGUUUCAGGGACCGUGAACGGGAGCUGCUGCGAGGGAUCAGGCCCCGAGUCUCCGUCUUUAUCAGUAGAGUGACACAGAGCAGAUCCACGCCGGAAAAUCUCUGUGAAGAGGCUCUGGGGACCAGUCACGGGCUCUGCUGGUACUCCACACAUCGCCCCGACCCCUCCUCUCCUGCUCCUCCAAUAGGGAAAUGUGUGGUACAAGCGCAGAAGCUGGCUGAUGUGGACAGCGAGCUGGCCGCCAUGCUGCUGACCCACCCUGGAGCUGGCCCGGGGCCCCAGGCUGCCCGCGGGGAGCCAGAUGCCGCACACAGGCGCAAGCUGGAGAGGAUGCGGCUGGUGCGCCUGCAGGAGGCCGGAGGAGCGUCCGACAGUCGCAGGAUCAGCUUGCUGGCCCAGCAGAGUAUCCGUGCACAGCAUUCACGGGACCUGCAGGUCAUUGAUGCCUACCGGGAACGCACCAAGGCUGAGAGCAUCACCAGCGUGCUAAGCCAGGCCAUCACCACCCACCACACGCUGUACGCCACGCUGGGUACGGCUGAGUUCUUUGAGUUUGCCCUUAAAAACCCGCACAACACUCAGCACACGGUGGCCAUUGAGAUUGAUAGUCCAGAGCUCAGCAUCAUCCUGGACAGUCAGGAGUGGAGGUACUUCAAGGAGGCCACUGGCCUGCACACACCCCUGGAGGAGGACAUGUUCCACCUGCGUGGCAGCCUGGCACCCCAGCUCUACCUGAGACCCCGGGAGACUGCCCACAUCCCUUUCAAGUACCAGAACUUUUCUGUGGGCCCACUGGCUCCACCACAGGCCCCUGCUGAGAUGAGCUCUGAGAAGGACCCGGAGUCGAGAGCCCUCUGGAAGUGCAGUGCCAUGCCUACUAAACACGCCAAGGUCCUUUUCCGGACGGAGAGUGGCCGGCCCAUUGCCGUGCUCUGCCUGACUGUGGAGCCCCAGCCCCACGUGGUGGACCAGGUCUUCCGCUUCUACCACCCAGAGCUCACCUUCCUGAAGAAGGCCAUCCGCCUGCCUCCCUGGCACACACUUCCAGGUGCUCCCGUGGGGACGCCUGGUGACGACCCCCCAGUCCAUGUUCGAUGCAGUGACCCGAAUGUCAUCUGUGAGGCCCAGAACGUGGGCCCCGGUGAGCCACGGGAUGUGUUUCUCAAGGUGGCCAGCGGUCCAAGCCCGGAGAUCAAAGACUUCUUUGUCAUCAUCUAUGCGGAUCGCUGGCUGGCGGAGCCUGUGCAGAUGUGGCAGGUCUGUCUCCACUCCCUGCAGCGUGUGGACGUCUCCUGUGUCGCAGGACAGCUGACCCGUCUGUCCCUUGUCUUACGGGGGACACAGACGGUUAGGAAAGUGAGAGCCUUUACCUCCCACCCUCAGGAGCUGAAGACAGACCCUGCAGGUGUCUUUGUGUUGCCGCCUCAUGGGGUACAGGACCUUCAUGUGGGCGUGAGGCCGAGGAGGGCUGGCAACCGCUUUGUCCAUCUCAAUCUGGUGGACAUGGACUACCACCAGCUGGUGGCAUCGUGGCUGGUGUGUCUCUCCUGUCGCCAGCCACUCAUUUCCAAGGCCUUUGAGAUCACCAUGGCAGCAGGCGAUGCGAAGGGUGCCAGCAAGCGGAUCACCUACACCAACCCCUAUCCUUCUCAGAGGACCUACCACCUACACAGUGACCGCCCUGACCUGCUGCAGUUCAAGGAGAGCUCCUUCCAGGUGGCAGGAGGAGAGACCUACACCAUUGGCCUGAGGUUCCUGCCAAGUGGUAGCACCGGGCAGGAGGAGAUCCUGAUCUACAUCAAUGACCAUGAGGACAAGAACGAAGAGGCAUUCUGUGUGAAGGUCCUCUACCAGUGAGGGCACAGCCGUGUGGCCAGGGCCCAUUCCUGAGUGCCCCCCCCAAACCCCUCCUAGCCUCGCAGUCUCUGUGACUCAGGACGGUCCUGCGUGGCCUGUGGAGCUGGCCAGGUGGAGAGAGGAGGUGUUCCUGGUCAUGGCAGCUAAGCUGAGCUGAGACUCUAAUCCUGUGAGGGAAUGAGGCCUCCAGGUGGCCGCAGCAGUGACCCCACCCUGCCCAUGGCACACGCAAGGCUGCGUUACUCCUCAUGACUCUCAGGCUGUCACCGUCUAGAACAAAUUGUCUUGUGUAAGUCAUCCCCAAAGAUAAAAUUAUGCUUUUCUUACCAGAUUUAGUAUGAACAUAAUAUAUUUUAAUUUGCUAUGUAUUUUAUACUGGAAUUCUUUUGUAUCUGCUUUUUUUUUUAAGUUAUUGAAUGAAACACUUGACUUCUGCAGA